AUGGUUCAUCUCGCUCGUGUCAAGACCGAUAAGGAGGUCGCUCCCUCGAACCGCCAGUUCGAAACUCUGCCGGCGCCGGAUGAGAAUGACUUCUAUACCAAUGUCUACGGCAGCCACUUCGCUGCAGACCAUCUCAACCACAAUGAGAUGCCCGAGAGAGAAAUGCCUCGUCAGAUCGCUGCUCGGAUGAUCAAGGAUGAAUUGAGCUUGGAUGGCAACCCCAAGCUGAACCUCGCAUCCUUCGUGACAACGUACAUGGAGGAGGAGAUUGAGCAGAUCAUGACGGACUCAUUCAGCAAGAACUUCAUUGAUUACGAAGAGUACCCCCACUCUGCUGAGAUCCAGAACCGUUGCAUCAACAUGAUUGCCAGACUUUUCAACGCGGAUACCUCCGAUGAGAAUGCCAUGGGAACCUCAACCAUUGGAUCUUCCGAAGCUAUCAUGCUUGGUACCCUGGCCAUGAAGAAGCGCUGGCAAAACAAGCGGAAGGCCGAAGGCAAGGACUUCUCCCGCCCCAACAUCAUUAUGAACAGUGCGGUGCAGGUUUGCUGGGAGAAGGCUGCCCGUUACUUCGACAUCGAGGAGAAGUAUGUUUACUGUACCGAAACUCGGUUCGUUAUCGAUCCCCAGCAAGCAGUUGACCUGGUGGACGAGAACACCAUUGGAAUCUGUGCUAUUUUGGGAACCACCUACACAGGAGAGUACGAGGAUAUCAAGGCCAUCAAUGACCUGCUCGUCGAGCGUGAUAUCGAUUGCCCAAUUCACGUCGAUGCCGCGAGUGGUGGUUUUGUCGCUCCUUUCAUCCAGCCCGACCUGAAAUGGGAUUUCCGCCUCGAGAAGGUGGUGUCUAUCAACGUUUCUGGUCACAAGUACGGACUGGUCUACCCUGGCGUUGGAUGGGUUGUCUGGCGCUCUCCCGAGUAUCUGCCCAAAGAGCUUGUCUUUAACAUCAACUACCUCGGAGCCGACCAGGCUAGCUUUACUCUGAACUUCUCCAAGGGUGCUGCCCAUGUCAUUGGUCAGUAUUACCAGCUGAUUCGUCUGGGGAAGAAUGGCUACCGUUCGAUUAUGACCAACUUGACUCGCAUCGGUGACUACAUGUCAUCGGAGCUUGAGAAGAUGGGCAUGAUCAUUCUGAGCCAAACCAAGGGCAAAGGCCUUCCUCUUGUUGCCUUCAGACUUCCUCCUAGUUCUGAGCGCGUAUUCGAUGAGUUCGCUGUGGCCCAUCAGUUGCGUGAGCGUGGCUGGAUUGUCCCUGCCUAUACCAUGGCACCUCACAGCGAGAAGCUGCAGUUGAUGCGAGUCGUCAUCCGUGAGGAUUUCAGCAUGACUCGCUGCGACAGCUUGCUCCAGGACUUCAAGCUUGCCCUGCAAACAUUGGAGUCUAUGGACCAAGCUAUGAUUGCCAAGUAUCAAGUACACAUGAAAAGCCAUCGCGCGCAGCCAAAGCACCAGCACACCCACACUCACUACAAGGAUGAGAAGCACUCGCUGCAGGGCAAGACUGGAAAGACGCACGGCGUGUGCUAG